GCGGAGAGGAAUGGGCGUGCUCAUGGUUGCAACUAACCCUGCUAGCUUGCGGCUAUUGCAAAAUAUACCAUUCUAAAAUGUCGUAGCCGCUACCUGGCGUCGGUAAAUGAGCUGGAUGGCUUUCGACAACAAGAGUGUGGCUUUUGGGGGGGAAAGGUUAUCAAGAUGAACCUGCAGAGAGAAUCCACGUUUCAAUAUGAACUGAAUAGAAUUUCCCCUGAACCAGAGUGACAAAAACUUGGGAACGGUUUUACUUCUAUUUUUCUGACAUGAGACUGCAGCGAUGCGGAUCGUCAGACUAGCAUGCAUAAUCAUGGCCAGGGUCAGUACGUUAAGAUCCCUUCAGUUUGUGCUACUCCUGGCCGCUGCCCUGGCUGUGGUGGCAUUCUACUACUUUGGCUCAGAGAAUCAGAACUUCUCAAGCACUACCAGGAGGAUCAAGCUGUCUCAGGCAAACCACAAUGCCAACAGAAACAAUGCAGAUCUGACUUUAGAUACCAGGUUCUCCCAGCUUGAUGGAUCCGAGGAAAAAGAAACAGGAGAGAGCAAUGCUUUUCAAUCCAAAACACGUGGCGACGAGACUCAGGACCAACGCUACAAUAUUCUCAUGAUGUUCACAAAAGUGGACAAAAACCGUAGCCUCCAAGACAAGUUCAGAGUGGCCAUGUUAUCUAUGGUCAAGUAUGCACAGUUCCUGGAAGGAGAGGUCUUGGUGUUUCAUUUUGUGAGUGAUCCAGCCAGUAAAGAACUGGGAGAGAAGAUGCUUCAGGAAUUCCUCACAAAUGCAACGUUCAAGUAUGAGGUGUUGUUCCAUGACGUGGAAACUUUCACUCACAAGCUUUUCCCAAUUGUGGAAGCCUUGCAAAAACACUUCAGCGCUGGUUCCUGGGCUUAUUACAGUGAUGCCAUCUUCUUCCUGUCUGUAGCCAUGCAUCAUAUCUUGCCAGAAAAUUUGACGCGCAUUGUGCAGCUUGACCUGGAUCUGAAGUACAGGACCAACAUCAGGGACCUCUUUAAAGAAUUUAACCACUUUCCACCAGGAGCAGUACUUGGCAUCGCAAGGGAGAUGCAGCCUGUGUACAGACACACAUUCUGGCAAUACCGCAAGGAAAACCCUGAAACCAGAGUGGGUGACCCUCCGCCCGAGGGUCUCCCUGGCUUCAACAGCGGUGUGAUGCUGCUAGACCUCGCCGCGAUGAGGGCCUCAGCUCUCUACAACCAACUGCUGGAUACAAGAAAUGUGACCAAGCUAGCUGAUAAGUACAGCGUCAAGGGCCACCUCGGAGACCAGGACUUUUUCACCAUGAUCAGCAUGGAACACCCAGAACUGUUUUACUCCCUGGCCUGUGGUUGGAACCGGCAGUUGUGUACCUGGUGGAGGGACCAUGGCUACAGAGAUGUCUUUCAGUUGUAUUAUCGUUGUGAUGGACCUAUUUAUAUCUACCACGGGAACUGUAAUAGCCCCAUUCCAGAUGAUUAAUGACAGGCCCUGGAAAUGCAAUGUUGCUUAAAAUAAUGUAAGACUUUCUCCCACAUAGCUCACAAAAAAACCAUUGUCUUUGUUAUAGCAGACUCUGCCCCUUGCUGGUCAAAGGGUUACCGAGAGUGUUGCUUUUUUUGUUUUUUGUUUUUUUGCAAACUUGCACCACUGUUACUGUAGUAUGUAUAACUUUGCUUCAAAUCAAAUCUGUUAGUUUUAGUCAUAUUUAGUACAUUUUUCAUUGCUUUAUGCCAGUAUUAGAUUGAGAAUAAAAUGUCUUUAAUGAUCUGUAUUUUCGGGAAACAUAACCAAAUAAAACGAUGACCCACUUUUGAGCUGACACUGAUCAAAUGAAUGUCAGCACUCAAUAUUGUUGUGUUGGAGGUGGGUGCUGAAGGUUCUCUAUUACGAUUGUCACACUAUCAAAAAUUCUUAAAUAGAGGAUUGUUAAAAUCAAUGUGUUUCAUUUGAAUUUAACCUUAAGCUGAUCAAUAUUGUUUAUUUUAGUUUCUUAUAUCUCAGUUAUGAGGUCUUUAUUGCACUUUACAAAAAUAAAACCCGAUGACACCUGA